UGUAAGCCCAAUCAGAUUAAUACAUCUCUCUCCUUUCUUCUCUUUUCCUCACGCAGACCCGCUCAAACCCUCUCUUUACCUUCACUCCCACUCUCAGCCGUCUCUCUCCCUCUCUACCUCUCCGGCGAAUAUCGCCGGCUUUCGCCGCUUCCGGCGCGGCGAGGCUGACGCAGCUUCUCCCCUUCCUCUUUCUUCCCUCUCCUUUCUACAUUUAAUUCCCCAAAUUCUAAAAUCAAUUCAACCUAGGGUUUUCAAUCUCCCCCAUCAAUUGUACUCCUCUGGCGAAUCCCGGCGAAUAACGUCGCCGCCGCCCCAGCUCGUCGGAUUUCCGCUCCUCCGCCGUUCUUCCUGUCUCAGGAACUGAUAAUUCGAGGUGCCUCUCGGAGUGGCAGUCCGUCUACUGCUCAAGAUCCAUCUUUUUAUAUGUUAUAAGUCUGUUUUUCUUUAUUGCUUAUUGAGAAACUGAGGCUGUGUUUGUGAAAUAGGAAUAGAGAUGUGUCUUUAACAAUUAUUAUUACUGUUUUCACUAUUCGUGGUUGCUUUUCUAUACAUAAAGAAUCUACUGUAUUGAAAGAAAGACUACCUUCUUUGAUGUCUGCUGUGGAGGAUGUGUGUUUGAAUGGAUGAUUGCUGCGUGUUUAAGAUUGCAGAAUGAGGAAGGAAAGGGUUUAACAGGAGAGGUGAGGGGAUUUAUACAAGUUGAAGUCGGUUGUGGAGUAGCUGCGUAAAAGCUACAAGAAACGUGUUCCUCUUGAAAAUGUCGGGUGUUACAUGCUUUCAAUCUGCCGUCUUCACAUUGCGGACUGUUUACCCCAACGCCGUCAUCUGGUCCGAAGAAAAUUUGGUGGCGGUGGCGUGCGGCGCUGCUGUCAUAAUUUUGAAUCCUCAUAAUCCUAAAGUUCGAGGUGUGAUUGUCGUUCCAUCUAGCAAGCGCUUUCCCACUGGGAAGAUUGAUGAUGAUGGCAGAGGUGCGGAUUUGCUAAAUGGGUGUUUGCUUCCUUAUCAUUUAUCGCGGGAAACUCGUCCUUGUGCUCGGUCGAUUUCUUGGUCUCCUGCAGGUCUUGCUAGCAAUGCUGGUUGUUUACUUGCUGUUUGCACCACUGGUGGGCAUGUGAAGGUUUAUCGCCGUCCACAUUGUUCUCUGGAGUGGGUAGAGGUUGUGAACAUAUCUGAAGCGCUAUAUAAUUACUACAAGAACACCAAUUUCGGAGAGUUUCAAAUUGUACCUUCAGAGGGUUCUGAUGUUAUACCAAGACAAGAUACUGCAGAUCAUAAAUGUACUUAUGGUACAUUUUUUAGAAAGAGUCACAAACAUAGAAGACAAAAAGCAGCUGAUAUAGUAACAGAAGACCAUGGAAAUUUAGGAGAGAAGAACACUUGGCAAAUUGUUCCGGUCUCAUUCUAUGAAGGGAAGCCUUCAGAGGAAGUGACUGAAGAAUGUCUCCCAUUAAUAUCUGCACAGCAGUACGCUUCUCGUAAUGAAAUGCUAAUGUCACUUAUUGUUGCUUGGUCUCCGAUUCUGGAGACAUCUGGGAACAAUGUUGGUUUACCUUCUAGCUCUUCUAACUGCUGCUCCAUUCUUGCUGUUGGUGGAAAGUGCGGUAGAAUUUCAUUGUGGAGAGUUCGUGCACCCGAGUGCUAUUCUAGUGAUAAUGCUGGGCACUCAGGUGAGGUUUCACUUGUUGGCCUUGUGAAGGCACAUGAUAGUUGGAUUACCGCAAUUAGUUGGGUUGGAUAUGGGUCUAAUGUUUCAAAAGCCCAGUUUGCAUUGGCUACUGGAAGUUCUGAUGGAAGUGUGAAGAUCUGGCUGGUAAAUGGUGAAAAUUUACUCAAGGCAUCAGAAGUUAGCAAUGAUUCAUUGUCUUUGUUGAAGGAGGUUGUGACUGUUGAUUCUUCUAUGAUCUCUGUACUUUCACUUACUGUGCCCGCACAAUCACCAUGGAAAUUGUUUUUGGCUAUUGGCAAAGCAUCUGGAUUCCUUGAAUUGUGGACCGUUGACACAUCCAUUGACAAAUUUAACAAUGUUGGCUGUUAUAAUGCACAUGACCGUACAGUUGCUGGUUUAGCUUGGGCUUUUGAUGGAUGUUGCUUGUACAGCUGCAGCCAGAACAACUCGUUGAAGAGUUGGGUUUUUUUCGGAGAUACUUUGUCUGAAGUGCCAGUUCCCUCUAGUAGUCCUGGUUUGAAGAGCUCCGCAGAUUUUGCUCAUGCAUUAGACUCUUGCUUUGGUCUGGCGAUAUCCCCUGGAAAUUUGGCAGUUGCUGUGGUUCGCAGUUAUGAUGUUGAUCUAUUAGAUCCAAUGUAUGAGGGAAGAUCUCAUAAAGCUUCAGUUGAGUUCCUUUGGGUUGGAGGCCAACAAUUGGACCCUUCUGUAAUUACAUCUUCAGAGAUGAAAAAUGAAACAUUUAUUGGAUUCCCCGAGAAAGAACUUAUUUGGUGGGAAAAGAAUAUACUAUGGUGUUUGAACCAGUACGAGAACCUCAACAGGCUUCUGAACAUUUUGGAUAUUGUGGCAGCUCUCCGAGCCUUUAAGCAAUCUUCACCCAAGUAUGUAGAGCAUCUCCUGCUGAAAUGGCUGGCAUCUUGCUUAGGAUCCGAGUUUGAAAUUUCUUGUAAAUUAUUGUCUGAAGCGUUUAAACUUCUGCCCAUGCUCUCAUCCCGUAAGUUGCACCUCAUAAACAUUAUCAGCAGGCAAGUCAUGCUUAAAGAAUUCACAACAGAGAGCAUGAGUGGCAAAGAGCAUGUAUUAGAUUUAGAAGGCUUAAGUGGCGACAAGAAGGAGCACAUAAAUUUGUGGAUGGACUUGCUACUUAGCUGUGAAAAUGAACUCUUGUUGAGGCUUGUCAGUAUUAGUACUUCUGCCAUUUUAAGGCCACCAUCCAACUCAUCAGAAGAAUUUUCUGGAGUUGGGGGUGAUGGAUUGCCACAGAUGGAGCAGUGGGUUUCGCAAAAUGUGAAGGAUGAUUACAAAUUCCUUGCAGCAGAAAUUAGAGAGGUUAAGAAGAGGAAACUAGAGGAAACCUCAAACCAUGAAGUGCACGAGCGCUGCUACUUCUGUUCAGCAGUUGUGCCAUUUGAAUCAACAGAGUAUGCAACUUGCUCUGGAGUGAUAAGCAACAAUGGAGUUAAUCAAACACACAAGCUUCAAAGGUGUGCAGUUACUCUGCGGACUCUACCUACUAAUCCCUCCUGGUACUGUAUGUGUUGCCAGAGGCGGGCAUCAAAGUUGGCGCCUAGCAUUUUGUUUGCCAUGCCCAGGUACCCUCCCAAUUUCAAGUCUUUCGUAGAGUCUUCUGCUCACACGCAUACCUCGACACCAUGUUGUCCCUUUUGUGGGAUACUUCUAGAUAGAUCACAACCACAAUAUUUUCUCUCACCAUCCCCGGUAUAAAGUAUAAACCAGAGUUGAAAUCUUGUAAUUGCAAAGUUUUGCUUGUAGAGCAUUAUGUUGAUUUAUGAAAAUGGAAUCAUGGGAUCAAAGUAGAGAGAAUAUGCUGCUCAUGUUACAUUCAUAUAGGUUGUGGAAGUCAUGGAAAAUACAGUUGAAUAUAUUAUGUACAACAUGUUGAUUUUAAUUAUGCUAAGUUGCUUUUUUGAGUGAUUAA